UUGUCAUUAGUUCCGUUGCAUUGUCUGAGUUGCAGGAUAAACAGACAAUUUGAAACAACUUCAAAGAAAGGGGCUCUUUGAAAUUAAACUUUCUUGAGGUGUAUUUAGGCAAAUUUGCGGACCAUAUCUCUAAAACCCCUCGGCAUCCUCGUCCAGCUCCGGAGCUUCUCCGAGUCGCAUCAAUGGCGACCAAGCCAUAGUACGGCACUUUCCUCCAUGGACUCCGCCCUCCGCUCUCCCUUCCUUUCUUCCUCCAUUAUCCUCUUCAAUCCCUCACAUCAUCCCCCCUCUCUCCUCUCCAAAUCCCGUCGCUCUUCCUUCCAUACCAUCGUCUCAACGUCUCGAACUCCCCCGAACCCCAAGUUCCAACUCCUUGAUCUUGCUCGGAAACCUCUUGCGAUUCUUAUCUUCUCCGCCACCGUCUCUUUCUCGCCAUUCGUUGCCGGCCCACUUCCGGCCAUCGCUGCCCCGACUGUGACCUCGACCAUCGAGGACGAAUUGGAGAUUAAAAACGGGGAUCAUGAAUUCUCCGGCUACACGAGGCGACUCCUUGCCGUUGUCUCGGACCUCCUCCGUGGGAUCGAAGAGGUGAAAUCUGGAAAUGGGGACAUGAAUUUGGUUCGUGAAGCGUUGAAGAUGGUGAAGAAGAAAAGGCGUGAGAUUCAGGGAGAGGUUUUGAAAAAGUUGAACGCGGAGGUUAGGGAAUGGAAGAGGGAGAAGGCGGAGGUUAUUAAGAAAUCGGGGGAGGUGUUGGACAUGGGGUUUGCAGCGAGGAAGGAGAGGGAUAGGAUUUUGAAGGAGGAUGAGGUGGAUGGGGGUAUUGGGGAGGCAAAGGAGAAGGUGGAGAAGUUGGAGGAGAUGAUGAGCGUUGCAGAGGACGAGUACAAUCUGUUGUGGGAGAAGGUUGGGGAGAUUGAAGAUAGGAUUUUGAGGAAGGAGACGAUGACAUACAGUGUGGCAAUUCGGGAGCUGUCAUUCAUUGAGAGAGAAUGUGACAUCUUGGUUGACCGGUGUAAGAUUCAGUUGAAAGAUGGCGAUCUUGCAGAGCAGCCAAUGAGCUAUUCUAGUAGGCUCUCGAAAUACGACAUUCAGAAAGAAUUAGAAAAUGCACAUAAAGACUACUGGGAACAGUUGCUCUUGCCGACUGUUUUGGAAGCUGAACAUUCUGAAAUUUUUGAAAAUGAUACAAUUCAAAGUUUUGCCAUAAAUGUGAAAAGAAUACUUGAAGAGUCACAGCAUAUGCAAACAAACCUUGAAGCCCAUUUCAGACAAAAGUUAAAGAAAUUUGGAGAUGAAAAGCGUUUUUUGGUGCACACACCAGAAGAAGCUCUGAAGGGCUUUCCAGAAGUUGAGUUGAAAUGGAUGUUUGGAGCGAAAGAAGUUGUUGUUCCAAAGGCUGCCAGUCUUCACUUAUUCAAUGGGUGGAAAAAGUGGCGUGAAGAAGCUAAAGGCAACUUGAAAAAGGAUUUGCUAGAGAACGAGGAAUAUUAUAAGCAGUACAUUGCUAAUAGACAGGAACGUAUCCUUUUGGAUCGAGAGAGAGUCAUGACUCGGACAUGGUACAAUGAUGAAAGGAAUAGAUGGGAAAUUGAUCCAGUGGCAGUUCCAUAUAUUAUUUCAAAGAAGCUAAUUGAAAGUGCUCGCAUUAGGCAUGACUGGGCUGUCAUGUAUAUUGCACUUAAGGGUGAUGAUAAGGAAUAUCUUGUUGAUAUCAAGGAACUCGAUCUACUCUUUGAAGAUUUUGGAGGCUUUGAUGGCCUCUAUACUAAAAUGCUCGCCUGUGGCAUUCCAACUACUGUCCAAGUGAUGUGGAUUUCAUUCUCAGAAUUAGAUAUCCACCAACAGUUUCUUCUUGCUUCAAGGCUCUCAUAUCAAUGCUUAAAUGGAUUUUGGAAUUUAGGGGUCAUGUCAUAUAUCAGAGGAUGGGGAUUCUCUAAAAUAAAGAAUAUAACAGAUGACCUUAUGGUGACCAUUGGUUUUCCUCUUAUAGAGCUUUUUAUUCCGAAGCCGGUAAGGUUGAGCUUAGGAAUGGUAUGGCCUGAAGAAGUAGAUCAAGCUGUUGGUUCAACGUGGUUCUUGAAAUGGCAGUCAGAAGCUGAAAUGAAUUACAAAGCUAGAAAAAGAGAUACCAUCCGAUGGUACCUUUGGUUUUUUAUAAGAAGCAUGAUUUAUGGUUUUGUUAUAUUUAAUGUGCUACGCUACCUGACCAGAAAAGUACCAAGGCUUCUUGGUUAUGGACCUUGGCGCAGGGAUCCAAAUUUAUGGAAAUUAAGAAGAUUGAAAACUUAUCGUCAAUUUCAGUUUAAUAGAAGAAUUAGGAGGAAAAAGGAGGGCAUUGAUCCGAUCAGAUCAGCUUUUGAUCAGAUGAAGAGGGUGAAAAAUCCACCAAUACGCUUGAGUGACUUUGCUAGUGUUGACUCUAUGAAAGAAGAAAUCAAUGAUAUUGUGACCUGUUUACAAAAUCCCACAGCUUUCCAGGAAAAAGGAGCUCGUGCACCUCGGGGUGUCCUUAUUGUCGGUGAGAGAGGAACAGGAAAGACUUCCCUUGCAUUGGCCAUAGCUGCAGAGGCAAAAGUUCCUGUUGUUGAGAUCAAAGCUCAGCAACUAGAGGCUGGAUUAUGGGUUGGCCAGAGUGCUUCAAAUGUCAGAGAACUUUUCCAGACAGCUAGGGAUUUGGCACCAGUGAUUAUUUUUGUUGAAGAUUUCGAUCAGUUUGCUGGCGUUCGAGGACAAUAUAUUCACACAAAGAAGCAAGAUCAUGAGGCAUUCAUCAAUCAACUUCUAGUCGAACUUGAUGGGUUUGAAAACCAAACUGGCGUUGUUUUAAUGGCAACUACCAGGAACCUCAAACAAAUUGACGAGGCGCUGCAAAGGCCUGGUCGCAUGGACAGAGUGUUGCAUCUUCAAAGACCAACUCAGUUGGAAAGGGAAAAGAUAUUACAAAUAGCAGCAAGAGAUACAAUGGAUGAAGAGUUAAUUGAUUUUGUAGAUUGGAAGAAGGUUGCUGAGAAGACAGCAUUGCUGAGGCCUGUAGAGUUGAAACUUGUUCCUCUUGCAUUGGAAGGGAGUGCCUUUAGGAGCAAAUUUCUUGACACUGAUGAACUAAUAUGCUAUUGUGGCUGGUUUGCAAGUUUCAGCAACAGCAUCCCUAGAUGGCUGAGGAGAACAAAACCAUUGAAGAUGAUUAGCAAAUGCCUUGUUAAUCAUUUAGGGCUGACAUUAACAUCGGAAGAUCUGCAGUCAGUGGUUGAUUUGAUGGAGCCUUAUGGUCAGAUUAGCAAUGGGAUUGAACUGUUAAGUCCUCCAUUGGAUUGGACAAAGGAGAAGAAAUUUCCCCACGCUGUCUGGGCGGCUGGCCGUGGUCUUAUUGCUCUUCUUCUGCCAAAUUAUGACCAUGUUGAUAAUAUAUGGCUUGAACCACUAUCAUGGGAGGGCAUUGGAUGUACAAAGAUUACCAAGGCAAAGAAUGAAGGUUCUGUAAAUGGCAAUUUAGAAUCUAGAUCAUACCUUGAAAAGAAGCUUGUAUUUUGCUUUGGUUCCUAUGUUGCCGCUCAAUUGCUUCUUCCUUUCGGGGAAGAGAAUUUCUUAUCUUCAUCUGAACUAAAGCAGGCACAGGAGAUUGCAACUCGGAUGGUGAUCCAAUAUGGAUGGGGUCCUGAUGACAGUCCUGCUGUUUACAUCACUAACAAUGCGUUUGGAACACUGAGUAUGGGGAAGGACCAUGAGUUGGAGAUGGCUACUAAAGUUGAGAAGAUAUACGCCUUGGGGUAUGACAAGGCAAAAGAAAUGCUUGAUAAAAACCGGCUUGUGCUUGAAACUAUUGUGGAGCAGUUGCUUGAGUUUGAAAACUUGAACGGAGAGGAAACUGAAAACUUUGGAGGAAAGAACUCAUCAAUUCAGACUAAGACUACAGUAAUAAGAAAAACUUAGUUUGUUUUUUUAGUUUAUUUUGUGCUAGCUUGUCAAUUGGGUUAAGGUAUGAUCUUAAUUGAGGUGUGGUGCUUUUAACCAAUUUUAAUCUAAAUUGUAAGGAUAUUCUACUGAUUUAAAGUUAAAACUAACUGUGUUUCUCUCUUGGUGUCCUAUUGCUCAGGAAUUUUAGCUUUUCAUUUUCAUGUCUUUGAUAUAUUAAAUGACAAAGCAGAUGUUAUAGAAAUAUGAUCAAAAUGUUGGAAUACUCAAUUAGUGUCUUCAUUGACAAGGUAAAUAUGUUUGUGAAUUUGACUUUUUGUAAGCUUUGCCUCCAAUUUGUGAAAGUUCUUUAUUUGUGGGAUGCUUAAUGAUUGAAAUGACAAUAACUUAUGUCAGCUGCAAUUAAUUGACAUUAUCAUGUUUUUUGUCAUAUGAUAGUUCCUUACAUGCAAGAACUAAGCAAUUUGUUUGAAUAUUAUGUAAAAUUGCAGCCUUUAAAAUUUUGAUGAUAUGCAUGUAAGAAUAAUAUUGUACACCUCAUUAAUCUCUGAGAAGUUUUUGUUUUGUGUGUGUGCGCCUGCAUACACGUUUUCAUGUCCUAUGUAUCUUUUCCUACUUUCAUGGUUUGACAAGCAUCUUUGCUGGAGGACUUCUUGUUUUAAAGUUCUGUUUGACUAUGUCUUGAUGUUAUUUUAUAUUCUAUUGGCAUUUAGUCAAGAAGAUUGAUUAUCACCAUCCGUUGACCUUGCUGCA